AUGGAAAAUAAAAGAUACAAUGAAAAAAAUAUUACAAAAAAAUUCUUAAGCUCUAAAGAAGGUGUAUCAUUUUUAUCAGAACAUAUUAAAAUUAAUAAUAAAGAUGAUUGUAUGACGUGGGAAAAUAUAGAAAAAGACGUAGAUAAUAUUAUUGAUUUCUAUGUUGCAUGGUCUAAUAAAUUUCCAUUAAAACGGGUUGAUAAAUGCAGUAAAUACGAAUUUAUAAAAUUUAUAGAAGAUUGGUGUGAUAAGAAUAAUAUGUUAGAAGUUUUUUCAUAUUUGUAUUGA